AUGGAGGCACUUGAAGUACCUCAACAUGCUCAUCCACUGGAGCUAAUUGAUUUGCAGCUACAAUAUCCACACCACAAUGAAGAAGAAGAAGAAGAAGAAGAGGGUGGUGAUCCGAUUACGAAAGAGUGGUUUCAUGGUGCCACAUGUGACAGCUGUCGCAAAGAAAUCCAUAUGUACCACAGGUACUACUACAAAUGUUACAUACGUUCAUCAUGUCAUAUCUCACUUCACAGAUUCUGUGCUGAACGCUCAGCAAGGUACGUGGACCAAUCCUAUAAUUUACACCCAGAUACUCUUCACCUGAUAUCAUAUCGUCGUGGCACUUUCCAUAUUUGUCAGAGCCAUGAAAAGUGUGCCCUUGACCUAGGAAAAAAUAUCAUCCAUCAUCCAUCCCACCCUCACUGGCUAAGGUGUUUAACCCCUUAUAAGCCCAUUUUAUGCCAGUGUAGUGCCUGUGGGAAGGAACAUAAAGGGAUGUUCUAUCAAUGCACCAUUUGUGAUGGCUUCACCAUACACAGUGACUGUGCUUUCCUACCAGAAACUUUGCUAAUCCAAGAGACCACAGAUGGUGCUUUUUAUCAUACUCACCCACUCACCAUUUCAUAUUUCUUCGCUAAGAAAGAUCAAGCAGCUAAACAUCAUCCUAGAUGUAGAGUAUGCAAUCAUGGUUUUUAUGAUACGUAUAAUCUUUGGAGUUACAAAUGUGAUAAAUGUAUGUACUAUACCCACGUGGAUUGUGCAACUAGAGUGCCGCCUGCUGGAGCCGGAAAAACCAUUCAAAAUUACAAAGAUGUUGACUAUCCUGGUCUUCUUCAUCUCCCAUUCCCUGAUGAAACUUACAGCAUACCAAAACACUUGUUUUUCAAGCAAACUGGAUCUGGGAUGUUGAUAAGCAAUAAUGAAGAGGUAAACAUACAACAUAUCAGUCAUGAACACCCUCUGAUUCUAGUUGAUCUGACACAGACCAAUGCGCAAACCUCCUCCUCUUUGUUAUUAAUAAUUUGUCAUAACCCAAUGAAAAAGACCCAACUGUUAUGCAAUGGAUGUCUUAGACCAAUCACCGCAACCAUGCCCUUUUAUAGGUGUGCUCAGGGUUGCAACUUUGCUCUCCAUGAGUGGUGCACCCGACUCCCUCCAAAAAUAGAAAAUCACCCAGGUCACCCACAACAUACCCUUCUUCUCAUGUAUCCACAGGUCCUUCCUUUCUUUUUCGGUGUGUUCUAUUGUGCUGCUUGCUGUCUACCUUGCAAUGGAUUUGCAUAUUGUUGUGUCGAAUGUAAAUACUAUGUUGAUGUUACUUGUGGGUUUAUACCUACACAAAUCACACAUAAAGCUCACCCAUAUCACCUUCUUUCAAUAGUUCAAAUAAAAAUUCGUUGUGGUCCUUGUCCUAUGUGUCACCAAUAUACCACUGGAGGCCAACUUUCAUUCCACUGCAACACGUGUGAUAUCUAUAUACAUCCCGAAUGUGCUUUGUUAUCACCCGAGACAAUCAGGCAUAAGUAUGACAAGCAUCCCAUGCAUCUAAGUUACCUUCCGAUUGAGAACCAUAAGAGCGAAUACUUUUGUGAAAUUUGUGAGGAGGAUUUGGAUCCUCAUCAAUCUUUCUAUCAUUGUCAAGAUUGUGUUCAGUCUGUACAUGCUUCUUGUGCUCCAUUGAUACUUCAGAGCGAGACACAUACCUAUAGAAUUUAUAGAAAAAAACGUUCAUUAUUUCGUCAAUAUAAAAGUUCGGAGGCAUUUAUAACACCGAUGCUCACCCACACCCUCUCUCAUUUGCUCAAGGUAUUGCGUCCGAUGGAAAUUGCAAAAGGUGUCGUGUUUAUUUACAGUACCAAUUGA